ACGCAAAAGCACCAAAGGAGCAGCACGCUUUCCCAUUUGGAAGCUUUCUCCUCUUUUUUCCCCUCCCGCAUUUCAAUCACCGCUAAAGGGAAAUUCACAAUGACUGGCCAUAAAUGGGGUUAUGGUGAAGAGGAUGGUCCAUCUGCAUGGCACAAAUCGUACCCCAUCGCUCAAGGUGCCCGCCAGUCCCCAAUUAACAUCGUACCUGAGGAGGCAGUUUAUGACAGCCGCCUGCCAGCCAUCUCACUCAGCUAUGACAACUGCACUUCUCUUACUAUAUCCAACAACGGGCACUCUGUGGUGGUGGAGUUUGAGGAUAUGGAUGAUAGAUCAGUGAUCCAAGGAGGCCCACUUGAAAAUGCAUACCGACUCAAACAGUUCCACUUCCACUGGGGAGGAAAAAACUGUGAUGGCUCUGAACACACUGUCCGUGGGAAGACCUACGUGUCUGAGUUACAUCUGGUGCAUUGGAAUGCUGUGCGCUACCGUACAUUUGGUGAAGCUGCUGCAGCUCCUGAUGGCUUGGCUGUACUGGGCAUCUUUCUGGAGAAAGGCGAUGAACACGCAGAUCUACACACUAUAACUGAUGCCUUGUACAUGGUCAAAUUCAAGGGAAGCAUCGCAAAUUUCAAAGGUUUCAACCCAAAGUGCCUUCUACCUCCUAGUCUAAGGUUUUGGACCUACCCUGGCUCUUUGACCACUCCUCCACUGUAUGAAAGUGUCAUAUGGAUUGUUCUGGCUGAACCUAUUAGAGUCUCGGAUAAGCAGAUGGGAAAGUUCAGGAUGUUGCUCUUUAAUGCUGAAGAGGAGGAACAGACGAAACGCAUGGAGAACAACUUCCGCCCUCCACAGCCCCUGAAGGGCAGGACAGUCCGUGCCUCCUUUAAGUAGCUGACCAUUCACCAUACUAACACUGAAAUGUUUUAGCAUCAUCUUUCUGCCACUUGGAAGUCUAGACACUGUUUUUCUUUAACUAAAGUCAGGUACAUUCUGAGACUCAGUAAUAAGAUGAACCCGUCCCCAAUAAGCACUAUGAAAAGCAUUACUUGUUGUGUAGGUGUAUAUGUCGCAUUGUAGCCUGCCAAGAAACAUAAAUCAUGUCUUGAAAUUGAGGUGAUUAGAUCUGAGCUGAAGAUGAAAAAAUA